AUUGAUACACGCUGUCGUUUUAACACCAGGUCUCCCGUACAAGGCAAGCCUGCUUCUCAUCCUUGGCCAAACAUCACUCCAACUGAGAUUUCAGAGCAUUUUCCCGCGCAUUUUCUCUCGUUUUCCGAUCGGCAAAUGGCUCCCAAAUCUGAAAGCGCCGAAGCUAUCGUGCUUAACUUCGUGAACGAGCAAAAUAGGCCGCUAAAUUCUCAAAAUGUAGCUGACUCAUUGCAAAAGUUCAAUCUUAAAAAGGCAGCCAUACAAAAAGCACUAGACACUCUUGCAGAUAGUGGGAAGAUUUCCUUCAAGGAGUAUGGCAAGCAAAAGAUAUACCUUGCUCGGCAAGAUCAGUUUGACAUCCCAAAUAGUGAAGAGCUUAAUCAUAUGAAAGAAGAAAAUGCCAAACUGCAGCAACAGCUGGAAGAUCAGAAGAGAGCAAUUAGUGAGGUUGAGGGAGAAAUUAAAAUUUUGCAGUCAAAUUUGACCUUGGAACAGAUACGUGACAAAGAAGUCAAAUUGAGAAAGGAGGUAAUGGAAAUGGAGAACAAAUUGGUAAAAUUGCGGGGAGGAGUUACCCUAGUGAGGCCAGAAGAGCGAAAGGCAAUUGAGAAAAUGUACUCGGAGCAAAUAAGUCAGUGGAGAAGGCGUAAAAGGAUAUUCAAGGACCUGUGGGAUGCUAUCACUGAGAAUUCACCUAAGGAUCUGAAGGAGUUUAAGGAGGAACUUGGAAUUGAAUAUGAUGAAGAUGUUGGUGUGAGUUUGCAGUCAUUCAGUGACCUGCCACAGCAUAGUAAGAAGCGGGCGAGAGGCCAGUGACUUUAUAUAACAAGAUACAAGUUAAACGCUUGAUCAAAUAUUUAGGCAUGUAAUUUGUCUGGUAUUUUUCUAGACAUAAACACAUUAAUAAGUUAGUAUAUUCUGCAUCCUAGAAAUAGAGUUGUGCUUUUUUAUCCCAGCCAGGCCAAACUUUGUGAUGUCAUAGUCAUUUAGGUUCAAAAUGGAUUGGAAAAAGACCUGAAUCCGCUAGUCACACUUCUAAUAAUGGUACCAUCCUUUGCAACAAAA